AUGAGCGCAACUUCCGCCGCAGGCUCGUUGCUACGACGCCAGCUCAAAGAGAUGCAGAAGAGCAAGGACCUGCCUGGCAUCUCGUGCGGUCUGGUCAGCGACAGCAACUUCUUCGAGUGGGAGGUUAUGCUUAUGAUCAAUGACGAUUGCAAAUACUACGGAGGAGGCAACUUCCGGGCCAAGCUGGUCUUCCCAGAAACAUACCCGCUCAUGCCCCCAACGCUGACCUUCCAAACUCCGAUCCCCUUCCACCCGAAUAUCUACGAGAACGGCAAACUGUGCAUAUCCAUCUUGCACCCGCCCGAGGAGGACCAGUAUGGAUACGAGCAGGCCUCGGAGCGUUGGAGCCCGGUCCAGACUCCGGAGACGAUUUUAUUGAGCACAAUCAGCCUAUUUCACAGUCCCAACGACGAGAGUCCCGCAAACGUCGAGGCGGCCAGACUACUACGUGAGGAGAGAGAGGGCAAACAUAAAGAUUUCAGGAGGAAAUGCCGGAAGUGUGUGAGGGAAAGUCUCGGUGAGGACUAA